AUGCUCAGGUUUGUGCUUUUUUAUAACUUUUUUAAAAUGUGAGUAUCAUUUUUGAAGAUUUUUUUUUCGAGGCUCUACCUUUUGAAUAUGGGCAAACGUAUUUUCAUUUCGACACUUUUUUAUGUUUUCAACUCAGACUUGCCGUCUUCUCCGCCUUAUUCGGUCUAACUUCAACCUUCAAUUUCAAUGCAGGCUUGUCAACAGGCCUUGGCUGUCUUGUAACGGUAGAAUUUGAUCAUUAAUCCUCUAUUUCACCUGAUGAUUUUCAGAAAAAUAUGCUCUUCUCUCAAGGUAAUUUCAUCCGCUUUCUGAAAAAGGAAGAGAUGGACCAAUAUAAAAAAUAUAAAAAAGAAGCGGCUGCGUUUAAAGCGGUGAGUUAUGACUAGUCUAUUCAAUCGAUCUUGAUACUAAUUAAAAAUAUGGCUACCUGCUAUAAAAAUCAUUUAAAUCUCAGAAAAUCGACGAUGCGUUCGACAAGGCUGAAGAAAACGAGGCGAAAAACGCGACGGUCCCUCCUAUGCCAGUGAAACCAAGUAUGCCGGCAUUCUGCACCGGACCUGAUACUACUUUGUACAUUUUCGGCUCCUGUUCUGUUCAGGUAUUCUUCCUUCAGUUAAAAUAGUUUUCAUCGGUUUCUACAGAACAACAAAAUCUACAUCAAUAAGAACUUUGCAAGAGAUCUGGAUGAAGCUGAAAAGAAGAAAAUGAGCGAUUUUAUUGCUUUGAUGGCUUCUCAAAUGGUGAGUUAAUGAAUUUUCUCCACAAUUUCAGUAUUUUUCAGCCCGGAUCAACGCCGCCGAAACCUCAAAAAGGCUUGGAAUUCUGUACGGAACUCAACUUCCUUUGA